AUGGUUCCUGCCAAUCGAAUAGCCCUUUCUGUCCGUAGCGAAUACUUUAAGACCCUGUUCAAAAAGGAUGGUCAAUUCAAGGAAUCCACUGAUGCAGUAGUAUCCAUUGGAUUCUCCAGUGAUGUUCUUGAGGCAGUUGUGGAGUAUAUCCAUACCGACGCUGGCAUUCUUUUGGCCAAAUAUUCAGAAGACGCCACCGGAAUCUCUUCCAAAGACGCCACUGGAGCCUCUUUGGAAAUUUCCAAUGAUUGCAUGGAGGAAUUCCAGGCCUUGGUGUCAUUGACUGAAGCAGCUAUGUACGUUGGAUUGACAGGUCUCUGCCAAAAGGCUCAGAAAUGCCUGACAUUCUUCAUGAAGAUGGAACCUUUGAUAGCCAUUGCUAUUUUGGCAGCGUCCAAGCAAGCGGGACCUGUUGUGUCCGAGGAAUUGGUCAGUCGGGCUUGGAGCAUGUUCUGUGGAGUAUCUGGGGAAUUUCACAAUGCUGUUCUAGGGCGCAUUUCUGCCACUGUGCUGGGAGCCAUCCUUCAGGAUGCCAAGGCCAAGCUCGACAAUAUGAAGCUCUUCGAACUGAUCCACACAUGGUCCACCUGUGAGCCAGUCAAUGCAGACCGCCAAAACUCAGCCACAGCCUUGGUUCAAAACUAUGUGGAUCUUGAAUGUAUUGAUCCCGAUGACUUGGCAAGUCUUGUUGAGACAUCCAGUUUGGUGACAACAGGCCAACUGUUGGAUGCCUACAAGAAACAAGCAAAGAAAGCAAAGCAUCACCACAAAAUUGCUGUACACAAGCCUCUUUAUCAUAAUGUUGAGUGGAAAUUUGCCCAAUCUAAGGCUCUCACUACUUCAGCUCGCAAUGUUCGGAAGAGUGACAUCUUCAAUGGGGCUGCUUUUGCAUUGGGGGGAAAGUAUCGAUGGACUGUCACCACAAACUCCAACAGUGGCUUCUGGCUAGAUGACUUUUGGCUAGGUGUGACUAAAUCUACACACUCUUUCAAACCAGACAAGUUCUGCGGGCGUCAAGCACAUUGUUGGGGUGUCUAUGGACACAAUGGAUAUGAAUAUUCCAACAAAAAAUCUGUUUGUAGACCUCUAGGAGAAGCGGCCAAGUUUGGAGAUGGAUCAUGUGUCACCAUGACCCUUGAUUUAUCAUCCGGAGCUCCAGGAAAUGGGACUCUAUCAAUCUCAGUCAAUGAUCAAGACUCCGUUGUAGCAGUUUCUGAUUUGCGAACCCAUCUUGUUGGUGACUUGGCUAGUCUUGUUCCAGCUGUAUCAUGUUCCAAUGGAAGUGCCACAAUUGAGGAUGUCCAGAUGCUCUGCAUGGGCAAUCUAUAG